AUGAUAUAUGGAAUACCAUUGAUAGAAGAUUAUACUGUAAAACCAUUGGAAUAUUUGCUUAUAGCGUGGGAUUCAUCAGGUCUGAACACUCGUGAUGCCAUGCAAUUUAUUUUACAGCCUUCUGUAACUGUGUUUUCACAUCAGUUUGUUAUAACUUUCAAAAACGACUUUACUGAGUUCAUGUCCAGUGGUCAGAAUCGAUAUGAUUUAGCAACGAAAAUAACCGAUUAUUAUGAAGAGAGUGAUGCUAAAUCUAUUACAGUUGACUCAAUAAGUAAAGGAUCUGUUGUGUGGGUGUAUUCUAAUAAUAGUUUACCAACUGAUAAAUGCGAUCUAAUCGUCAUUGAUGCAUUAUAUGCUAAACUUGCUGACGACGCAGGCGUGAUACAAGCAUCCUUUCAACAAGCUAUGCAACCACAGUUUCUCGCUGACACUGCACAGAGACAACUUACUGGUAUAUGUGGACCAGUUACAAUUCCUUCACAGACAACUCAGGCCGUUGUAAUUGUCCAGCCGGUUAUAUCUGAAAGAGAGACGUGGGAGAAAGCAGUGAUUCCAGCUCUUAUCUUUGCUAUCGUUCUUCUUCUACUUGGCUGUGUUGUCUGCAUAGUGUACAGAAGGAAGAGACCAGGUACCAAGUUUUUACUUAGAGUAGAAAAACCAAUGUACACAAAGGAUAGGAGACCCAUUAUACUGCCUGAUGAACGUAAAGUUAAACAAAAACUGAAACCUGUCCAGCCAGCUAUUUUAAGAAGUGACAUUUCUCCAUUCCAGCAGACACAGCCUUCCAAACCAGUACCCCCACCCCCACCAGAAAUACAGGACAUCAGACCACCUUCCCCUCCUCCAUACAGACUGCCUCCCUACCCAGACAAUAUGGGAGGAUACCCAGAUUACCCAGACAAUAUGGGUGAAUACCCAAAUUACCCAACAGAAGGAGCAUUACCCCCAUCACCACCGGCAUAUUCCCAUCAGCCAGACUAUGGUAGACCACCACCAAACUACAGGCUCCCACCCCCUUACAAUCCUGUGGACAUGAAAACUUCAAAUAUAUAA